AUGUCAGUUUCAAUCCCCCAAUUUCUCCUUCCCCGGGGAAUCCCCUCUGCCAGGACCCUGCGCAGCCUCCAACAUCACCACCAAAUCAUCCCAACCGCGUCAACCUCAUCUCCCCGCACCCUCACCACCUCCCCAAUCUCCCACUCCCAAGACCCCUCCAAACCACGCGUCCUAGUCCAACCCGACAAAUUCCGCCCACCAUCCCAUCCUGCCCGCCGCGUCGUCCAAACCCGCAAUGGCAAGGUCGUCAACGCGGGGCCCGUGAAUUACCCGGGCCCCAAACUUUCGGAGAAAGAGAAGGAGGAGCAGAAGACAAGACAGUAUCCGAAUAUGUUCCCGCCCGAGGGCACGGUUAUGUUUAAGUUUUUGACGAGUCGGUGGAUUCAUGUCUGGAUUGCUAUGGGUAUAUUGACAUCCCUCGCAACAUUCACUUUCACCACGAACUUCAAACGCACCUCGCCCUAUGCGCACCUACUCCCCUCCUGGUCCAACCUCCUCUCGCAUCCCUACGACACAAUCUCGCAAGCCCUAUCCGUCUACCGCAUGGACGUGGAGCACCGGUCCAUGCUGACGCGGGAAAAGCGUCUGCAGCGCGUCGAGGACGCGGAGAAGAGGAGGAAGUACCGUGUUGCGCAUGGGAUGGAGGAGGAUACGCAGAAGGAGGAGAAGAAGGAAGUUGUUGAUGAUCAGUCGCCUGUUGCGCGGGAUGUGGAUGGUAAGGGGGAGGCUUUUGUUGAUUGGGAGGGAAAUAAGAAGCCGGUUAAGAAGUGGUUUGGGAUUUGGUGA